AUGUCCCGCCCAGGCUACUCUAGCCAUGGGGCCUCCUCCGCACACCCACCACGCGACUCCCUCGAACUCGCAUCCCUUGCGUCCUCCUCGCCCGCGUCGACACCCCGGGCCUCCAUACAUUCCGCCGACUCGUCUUCUAUCGGCACGCCUUCCUCCCGCAAGCUCUCUUUCGACGACGAAGACCCCCUAUCGUCCUCCAACGCCGCGAAUGGCGGUGACAGACCCGGUCACCGAAUGCGCUCCUACUCCGUCUCCUCCGCUUUCGACUUCGCCUCGAACCUCUUCCCGCUCACUUCGACCGCCGGCGCGGGCUACACCGCUCUUGGUGCCCCCAGCACCCCUGGCCUUGAGUCCGGCGGCGCGCUGAAUGGUGGAAGUCUGGAGAAGAACAAGAGCCUGACAUACCUGAAUGGGCUUUCGCUAGUCGUCGGCCUGAUCAUCGGCUCGGGGAUCUUCUCUUCCCCUGCGCAAGUAAACAAAAACGCCGGUUCGCCCGGUGCAUCCCUCAUCGUGUGGGCGGUGGCCGGCGUACUGGCGUGGACGGGGGCAGCAAGCUAUGCCGAGCUUGGGGGUGCAAUUCCGCUAAAUGGUGGUGCACAAGUAUACCUGAGCAAAAUCUUUGGAGAGUGGGCUGGCUUUCUAUUCACAUGGUGCGCGGCGUUUGUGCUUAAGCCUGGGAGUGCGGCGAUUAUUGCUAUCAUCUUUGGGGAGUACAUUGUGCGCGCCGUCAUUGGCGCAGACGCGGUCGAUGCUAGCCCAUGGAUCAACAAGGGCGUUGCUUUGGGAGGGCUGGCGCUGGUCACCGCGCUUAAUUGCAUUUCCACCAAGCUUGGAACUAGGAGUGCGGAUGUUUUUAUGAUCUUCAAAUUCGUGGCAUUGCUUGGAGUGACGGUCACAGGCAUUGUGGUUGCUGUUACUGGAUUUGCAUGGAAAGGAAAGGCGAGUGACGAUUGGAAAACUCAAGGCUGGUUCGAGGGCACCAAUACCAGCGUCAGCAACUGGGCGGUUGCGCUAUACGCAGGCCUAUGGGCGUUUGAUGGGUGGGACAACGUCAAUUACGUUACCGGCGAAUUCAUCAACCCUACUCGCGACCUUCCUCGAGUAAUACAUACCUCUCUACCUCUAGUAAUAGCGUCCUACAUCCUGGCCAACGUUGCCUACUUCUUCGUGUUACCACUCUCUACGAUCGAGUCCUCCAAUACCGUAGCUGUCGCCUUCGGCCACCAGGUCUUUGGUCCCAUCGGCAGCCUCGUCCUCGCACUCAUUGUGUCAGGCAGUUGCUUCGGCGCACUCAACGCCACCACUUUCACCAGCGGACGACUCGUAUACGCCGCGGGCAAAGAGGGCUACUUCCCUGAAAUCCUUGGAAAGAUUGGAUUCGGCAGUCGCGGUGGCGUCGUGCGUCUACACUCUUCUCGAGCGUCUCGCGCGAGCGGCAGCAAGAUGGCAAGACUUAUUGCUGACGACGCCGGCCUCUUCUACACCCCCAUCAACGCCAUGAUCCUCAACGCCUCUCUAACUGCCGCAUACGUGGCUGUCGGCGAGUUCAAGACCCUGAUCACGUUCUAUGGCGUUGCGGGGUAUACAUUUUACUUCUUCACCGUGCUGGGGCUCAUCGUGCUGCGGGUGCGCGAACCGGACCUGGAGAGGCCGUACAGGACGUGGAUCUCGACGCCGAUCAUCUUCUGCUGCGUCGCGCUGUUUUUGCUGAGUAGGGCUGUGAUCGCGGAGCCGGCACAGACGCUGAUGGUGCUAGCGUUUAUGGCGGCGGGACUGCCCGUAUAUUUCUGGAGGGUAAGAGGCAGAGGACGGGAAAGGGGUGAGAAAGGGGUUGGCUGGAGGUUUUGGAAGAGAUGGGGGAGGGCGCGAUGA